CAUCCGCCCCUCCUCCUGCUUCCUCCCCCCGCAUCCUCCUUCUCCUCCGCCCGGAGCGCGCAGGCCCCGCGCCCGGACCGCCCCGCGCCCGCAACUCGAGCGCCCGGGGACACGGGUCAUGGCGGAGCCCGCAGGGGACACAGGUGACGAGGCAGCCCCGUCCUGCCCCACGGAGCUGGCUGCCCACCAGGACACCUGUCACCCCGACCAGCCCCCUCCCUCUUCCUCCUCCUCGGCCAAUGGGCAAGACAGCGCUGGCUCUUCUUCCUCCUCCUCCUCCUCUUCCUCCUCAGAACCCCGGCCCGACAGCCCCCCGGGCAUGGAGACAGAGACGGCUCCUCUGGCCAGCAACCCCUUGGCCCCGGACCCGCCCCCUCCUCCACCGCCACCGCCCCUGGCUCCGCCAGCUGCUCCCCCCCCCUCUGGGCACCUCAACAUUCCCCUGAUCCUGGAGGAGCUGCGGGUGCUCCAGCAGCGCCAGCUGCACCAGAUGCAGAUGACGGAGGAGAUCUGCCGGCAGGUGCUGCUGCUGGGUUCCCUGGGGCAGUCAGCCCCCUCGGCCCCCGCCUCAGAGCCAGCCCCAGGAGCCUCCCACCAACCCAAGGCCCCCUUGCCUGUCUUCUCCAUCAAGUCCGAGCCGGUGAGGACCCAGGUGUCGGGCUCCCCAGAGGUGCCCAAGCCCACCUUCUUCCACCUCUACCACCCCUUCCCUGGCAGCGCCAGGGGCCCCAAAGCAGAGCCCAUCCUGGCCCCAGCGUUCCCUGCCACAGGGCUCCUGGCCGCUCAGUGUCUGGGGGCAGCACGGGGCCUGGAGCAGGCCACCUCUCCAGGGCUGUUGCGGCAGAAGAACGGGGCCGGGGGAGCCGAGCUGGGGCUGGAGGAGAAGCCGGGGGGUCGGCACAAGUGCCGCUUCUGCGCCAAGGUCUUCGGGAGCGACAGCGCCCUGCAGAUCCACCUGCGCUCCCACACGGGCGAGCGCCCCUACAAGUGCAACGUCUGUGGCAACCGCUUCACCACCCGGGGCAACCUCAAAGUGCACUUCCACCGGCACCGGGAGAAGUACCCACAUGUCCAGAUGAACCCCCACCCAGUCCCUGAGCACCUCGACUACGUGCUGACCGGCACCGGGCUGCCUUAUGGCAUGUCCGUGCCACCCGAGAAGGCAGAGCCGGGCGAAGAAGCAGCGCCCCCCGAGCGCAAGGGGCUGAGCGCCACUGAGAGCCUGACACUGCUCUCGGGCACCGUGGCCGGGGGCACAGCCACCGCUCAGACCCUGCCCGUCUUCAACAAGCUGGUGCUGAUGAAAGCGGCCGAGGGGCGGGGCAAGGGGGACGAGAACACCCCACCUGGGAGGGAAGCAGAAGGAGCCCGGGUGCCCCUGGGCAAGCUGCCCAGCUGGGCCCUGCUGGCCAACCACUUCAAGGCGGGCAGCACCGGCUUUCCCUUCCCCUAUGUGCUGGAGCCGCUGGGAGCCUCCCCCUCGGAGACCUCCAAGCUGCAGCAGCUGGUGGAAAAGAUCGACCGACAGGGGGCCUCGCCCGGAGCCGGCCCGGCGGCCCCCUCGGCCUCCUCGCCGCCCUCCUCUUCCUCCUCGGGGCCCAACCAGUGCGUGAUCUGCCUGCGGGUGCUGAGCUGUCCCCGGGCACUGCGCCUCCACUACGGGCAGCAUGGAGGGGAGCGGCCCUUCAAGUGCAAGGUGUGCGGCCGGGCCUUCUCCACCCGGGGCAACCUGCGAGCGCACUUCGUGGGCCACAAGGCCAGCCCGGCUGCCCGAGCCCAGAACUCCUGCCCCAUCUGCCAGAAGAAGUUCACCAACGCCGUCAGCCUCCAGCAACACGUCCGCAUGCACCUCGGGGGCCAGAUCCCCAAUGGAGCCCUGCUGCCCGAGCCUCCUGCUGCCCCGGGGGAGGGCCCCCGCCAGCCCGAGGUCCCCACCCCGCAGAGGGACGAGGAGGAGCUCUCGGAGGAGGAGGAGGAGGAAGAAGGCAGCGAUGAGGACUCACUGGACAGCAGUACGGAGAAGGCCAUGGCGGGCGAGGAGAGGGUGUCCAGCCCGGAGGAGGAAGCAGCCCCAGCUCAUGCCAAGGAAGAGGAGGAUGCUGGGAAGCCAGAGGUGGGGGGAGCAGCUGAUCGCAGCACCUCGCCUCCUUUGGGAGGGAGCCCCCCACCCGCUGUGGAGGAAGAAGGGGACCCUAGCCCCCAGAAGGCGGAGGGAGGAGGAGACAGAGCACAGGAGGGAGAGGAGGAGGGGGCAGCAGGGACUGGAGCCGAAGAGCCACGGGCCAGCCAGGCCAAGGAGGGGGUGGCACUGGCCUGUGGGGUCUGCAAGGAGGGAUUCCCUGACGGGGCAGCGCUGCGUAAGCACGCCCUGGCAGCCCACCACCAGGUAAGAGAACCCCUGCUCCUCACCCCCUAUCCCCCAGACUGUCCCCUGCCUCUCUCUCUGCUCGAACCUUAUCCAUCUGCCCUUGCCUUUAUCCAGGGCCCUCGGUCUCCCUUGAGAUUGAAUGGGCUCCCCUGUCUGUCUCUGUCCCUGUGGCAGGUUCCCCUGGGCAGCACAGCGUGGAGCUUUGGCACAGCACGGCGUGGCCGGCGUCUGGUCCCAGAGGCCCUAGCAGCACCGGGAGGCACAGCAAAGCUGCAGGAGUUCCUGGCGCGGGAUGUGCCGGCCCAGCUGGUGGGGCCUCUGUCCUUCUGGAACCAGUAUACGGCCUUCAUCGCAGGGGGGGGCCUGACUGCCAAGACUUGCCGGGGCCCCCCCCAUCACCGCUACCCCCUCCUCCUCCACUGCACCCCCUGUGCUUUUUGGCCCAGCCGCAGUGCCCAGCAAGGCAGCACCCCCCGAAGCCAAGGAGAAGCCAGCGGGAGGACCCCCAGCUGCAGGGGAGGCUGCCCCAGAGAGCCAAGGCAAGACAGAGAAGUAGCCUACAGGCCCUCAGCAGGGGGCGCCAGCCCUGGCGUGCUGCAAGAGGCACCAGCCCCCGCAAGGGGAUCAGGCAUCGGGGACAUGGCCCCCACACAACUUUAGUGGCAUUUUAGUCUUUUACUUUUACCGUAGCUCAGAGGGGACUGGGCGGGGGGCAGGACCCUGGCACAGGGAUCGGGGCUCGUCCCAGCCACCCUGGACCCAUAGUGAAGUGCCCUCUAGUGUAGAACAAAGGCCCAGCCGCUCUGGCAAGGGUCAGCGGGACUUUGUCUGCGUCCACCAUUAAAGCAGUUUGACAAAUCC